AUCUACACAAACUGCAUUUACUUCCGGGUAUGUGCUGGCACACGCGAGGACACGGCGAUUAUUUUUUCCACGCCGCGCUCGUCGCACCCUUCCGACCCGCAACUCAUAUUUGUUCAUUAACCUGUGGAUUUGAACCUGCUUUGUAUGAAACACCUCGGUGACAUCAUUUCGUCUCCAGAACUUCGUCACGUCCGGUGCUUUGAAACGUUUUAGGGCGUCGCUAAGCCGCCUUAGCUCGGCGUUAGCCAGGCGUCACUUCCAGCAUUUGAAAUCGGCGGCCAAAAACAAACCAAAGUUAACCCAACCGUGAUGGAGUUCCAAGAGUUGCAUAGCUUCAAGGAGACAUUAUGCAGUUUUUUCACAAUUUAAAAGAGUUCCCAGGGAUCUUAAUAACAUCUCUGUGGGACACUAUGGUCAAAGUACCUCAAGGAUCAAGAAUUGCAGACAUGUUUUUACAGCACAGAAGUACUGUCACCUCAAAGCCACAAGUGGCAUCGGAACCCAUGACUCUGGGCUCCCCGACCUCCCCCAAGCUCACCCACAGUGCUCAAUUCCUGCCGGGCUUCCUGAUGGGUGACCUGCCCGCACCAGCCAGCCCUCAGCCACGCCCCUUCAGCAUGACCACGCCCCUUCUAGAAAGCACCAUCCUCAAAGGAGGCUCAGCCCCGCAGCCCGUAGUCCCCACCACAAAGGAUAAAAGCGGCGCUCCCCCCAUACGCAGCAUCCACGAUGGCCUGGUUACCGUGGGAACGCCCCUCAGUGCGCAAAGACAGUCUUUUCCUAGCAUGCACUCUCCAAUGUCAGCACGCCAGGCAUCCACUUCAGGGAUGCAGCAGCUUUGCCUGUCCCCAGCACAGAUGGACCCUUUCUACAGUCAGGGAGAAGCUCUGUCCUCCGAAGACCAGCUGGACCAGACCUGGGUUACUGUUUUUGGCUUCCCUUUAGCCUCUGCGUCCUACAUCCUGCUGCAGUUUGCUCAGUAUGGAAACAUCCUCAAACACAGUAUGGCGUCUCCUGGCAACUGGAUGCAUCUCCAGUAUCAGUCCAAACUUCAAGCUCGUAAAGCUUUGUCCAAAGACGGAAAAAUCUUCGGAGAUGCCAUCAUGGUGGGCGUCAAACCCUGCAUAGACAAGAGCGUGAUGGACAGCAGCGAGGUGGCCACCUCCCCUCUGGCUAGCUCCUCCCUCCCGUGCACGCCGCGCUCGGCCAUCAGACCACUUAGCGCCACCUACAGGAACUCUGCCAGUGAAUACCAGGUGGUGACAGACAGUCACACACCCAGGAAGGACGACAGCUUUGUCUCCAAGGCCAUGGAGUACAUGUUUGGAUGGUGACGGCAUCACCAGGCACCUGCUGUUGAUUGGAUGAGGAUCGUGUGUGUGUGUGUGCUGCUUUUAUAGUCUGUAUUUUG